AUGGACUCCAUAGCGGAGCUGGUCGGGUACGGAGCCGGGGGCAGCAACGGGGUUGGAGGCGACGGCCACGGUGGUGGCUUCCCGUGCGCCAUUCCUGGCAGCGCUGCUGCUGCUGCAGCUGCUGCCACUGCUGUUGCUGUUGCUGUUCCUGCUAGUGCAGCUGCUGCCACUGUUGUUGCUGCAGGUGCAGCUGCUACCACUGUUGCUGCUGUUGUUGCUGGUGCAGCUACAGCAACAGUUCAUGUUAUUGCUACUAGUGCAGCUUCUGACAAUGUUGUGGGUGUUGCUGCCGGUGCAGCUACUGCCACUGUUGUGGGUGUUGCUGAUGGUGCAGCUGCAGCCACUGUUGUUCCUUUUGCUGCUGGUGCAGCUGCAGCCACUGUUGCUGUUGGUGCUGGUGCAGCUGCAGCCACUGUUGUUGCUGUUGCUGCUGCAGCUGGUGGAGCUGCAGCCACUGUUGUUGGUGUUGCUGCUGGUGGAGCUGGAGCUGCUGUUCUUGCUGUUGCUGGUGGUGCAGCUGCUGCUAGUGUUGCUGUUGCUGCUGGUGCAGCUGUGGCCACUGUUGUUGCUUUUGCUGCUGGUGCAGCUCCCGCACUACUGUUGCUGUUUCUGCAGCUGUUGUCUCUCGGUUUCUUCUACUGCCUGGUGGAUAAAUGCUGA